AUGGCUUCAUUGCAGGUUUCAAGAUUAGUCCUUUCCUCAUCUUCUUCUAUCUCAAAACCUAAAGCUGCAGUCUCCAUCCCCAAGUUACCUAAAUUCAACGUCUCGGUUCCAAAAAUACCUAUAAAGAAACAGACUUUAUGGGUUAAAGAACAGAGCCUUGAGCUAAAUGGGUUCAUAGAAAGUCCUCCUCUUCCGUUGAAAAAGAGGAGAGACUCUGAUCCAAUCCAAAGGGCACGCCUCGUCGCGGUUCUUGAAGAAGUCAUGGACAGGAUUGAGAUGCACAAGAACAUCGGAGACCAGCGCAACAACUGGAACUCUCUAUUGCUCAGUUCCGUCAACAUGAUCACUCUCACCGCCGCUUUGAUGGCCGGAAUAGCUUCCGUUAACGUUCACAGCGGAGAUUCUAUAACUGCCGUGAAGAUAGCUUCCACGGUGUUGUUAACUUCUGCCACAAGUAUAGCUGCCUUGAUGAGCAAGAUUCAACCCUCACAGCUCGCUGAAGAACAGAGGAACGCGACGAGGUUGUUCAAGAAGCUGAGAAUCGAACUCGAAAUGUUUCUGAGAGAAAACGAGGAGAUCAACGAAGAAGAUGUUAAGGAAGCGAUACAGAGAGUGUUGUCUCUAGAUAAAGCUUACCCUCUUCCUCUAAUCGGAACAAUGCUCGAGAAGUUUCCCGAAGAGUUUAAACCGGCGACAUGGUGGCCUGAAAACAAACAGAGAAACCCUAAAACCGGUUUAGGUAAAGGGUGGAGUCAAGAGCUUGAGAUGGAGAUGAGAGAAGUGGCUCAUGUGGUUAAGAGCAGGGACGCAGAAGAGUAUGAGAAAUUAGGUAACGUGGCAUUGAAGCUAAACCGGUUUUUAGCUAUUUCUGGACCAGUUUUAACCGGAAUUUCAGCAGUAAGCUCUGUUUUUAUCGGUCAAGAUUCCGGUUUAGCUGGAAUUGUGGCGAUGACUUGUGCUUCUUUGGCUGCGAUUGUCAACACUUUAGAGCAUGGUGGUCAGGUGGGGAUGGUGUUUGAGAUGUACAGAAACUCAGGCGGGUUCUUUUCUCUUUUAGAAGAAACGAUGAAAUCGACGGAGAAGAAAGAGAAUGGACAAGUGUUUGAGACAAAAGUUGCGUUGAAGCUAGGGAGAAGCUUGUCUGAACUGAGAGAUCUUGCGAAAAGAUCGAAUCUCUCUCAGGUUAAGGAUAAUGAAUUCGCAAGCAAACUUUUCUAG